UAAUGUUUAGCCUUUGGUGAUCCAUUACCGGAAAUGUGAACCCCAUGUGCUUUCUUUUCACUUCCGGCACAUUGACGGCACAAUGGCUGAGAACUGGGAUGAACCUGCUCCAGUGGUAGAAUUGCCAGAGAUCAAACUCUUUGGCAAGUGGUCAUCAGAUGAUGUCCAAGUCAGUGACAUCAGUUUAACUGAUUACAUUGCUGUCAAAGAGAAGUAUGCGAAAUAUUUGCCUCACUCUGCGGGACGAUACCAAGUAAAGAGAUUCAGAAAAUCUCAGUGCCCAAUAGUUGAACGCCUGACAUGCUCAUUGAUGAUGCAUGGAAGGAACAAUGGGAAGAAACUGUUGACAGCUCGUAUCGUCAAACAUGCCUUCGAAAUCAUCCACUUACUCACAGGAGAGAACCCCCUCCAAGUGUUGGUGAAUGCUAUCAUUAACAGCGGUCCUCGUGAAGACUCCACCCGUAUUGGUCGUGCUGGUACAGUCAGACGUCAGGCUGUGGAUGUUUCACCGCUCAGACGUGUUAACCAGGCUAUCUGGCUCCUUUGUACAGGGGCUCGUGAGGCCUCGUUUAGGAACAUCAAGACCAUUGCCGAGUGCCUGGCUGAUGAGCUGAUCAAUGCUGCUAAGGGUUCCUCAAACUCCCACGCUAUCAAGAAGAAGGAUGAACUGGAACGUGUUGCCAAGUCCAACAGAUAAACUGUAUAUAUGUUGUGCUUUCAGUGAACUAAAAAUAAAACUGUCAGGCAUAUUAUAA